UGAUACAAGUGUUGGAGCGGAAAUAACGCAGAAAAAAGAGGAGAGGCGGUGCGGUUUGGCAAUGCCGGGUAACGUAGCCGAGUGAUCAAUGAACUCUAGGGGCCCGUCUUCGUGUUUUGGGGCGUGCUUGCCAGUGUUGGCACUCGACACUCGGCCCGCAUCCCUUCAAAAUGCAUUUAUGGUUGUUUCAAAGUCCGUUGUGUGUGACAAGUCGAGAGAUAAUGAGUUUGUAUGAUUGACACCUUCAAGGAAAUAUUGAGUGGGACCUUGAGGAGAUUUUUUUUUCUCGAGAGAGUUCCUGGUGCAUUCAAGACCUCAAGUGUGUCGUAAUGAGGAACGAUGCAUCGAUGAUGACAACCUAACGACGAAGGUGGGGAUCGAUGAACUCUGGUUGAGAAUAAGGGAAUUGGAAGGAUAAAGGAGGUGGAGCGGGGUGGUAUCACGCAAAUUACUUGGAUGGGACUAUGAAUGAUAUCGACAAUUUAGGGAUGAUCAGCUCCAAGAUGCCGCACAGUCACUCCACACCCGCUGGUGUAGAUGGUGGCAGUCGUACGCCACCCACUACACCGAGAAAGGCUGGAAAAAUGCUUGCUGUCAGGGUGCAAAUGCUGGAUGAUACCAUCACCAUGUUUCAAGUGCAGGCGAAAGCCAUGGGCCGAGUGUUGUUCGAUCAAGUCUGCAAACAAUUACAUCUACUAGAAGCGGACUACUUCGGUCUGGAGUAUCAGGAGCCGAACGGAACAAAGUACUGGCUAGACCUGGAGAAACCAGUAUGUAGACAAGUUGGUCUCUCCCUGGUAGAUCCACUCCUAAGAUUCUGCGUGAAAUUCUACACACCCGAUCCCGGCCAACUCGAGGAGGAGUUCACCAGAUACUUGUUUUGCUUGCAAAUUAAGCGAGACUUGUCCCAGGGAUAUCUACAGUGCAACGACAAUACCGCUGCGCUGAUGGCGAGUUAUAUCGUGCAGGCCGAAUGCGGAGAUUACGUCAUCGAAGAUUACCCAGAUCAUACGUAUUUAUCUACGUAUAAGUUUGUACCGCAUCAGGAUCAAGAGCUCGAGCGACGGAUCAUGGAGAAUCAUAAAAAACAUGCAGGUCAGUCUCCCGCAGAGGCAGAUUUAAAUCUUCUGGAGACAGCGCGUCGGUGUGAAUUGUACGGAAUGAAAAUGCAUCCGGCUAAGGAUCACGAGGGAGUUCCACUGAAUUUAGCAGUGGCACACAUGGGCAUUAUAGUCUUUCAACAUUACACAAAGAUAAACACAUUUAGUUGGGCUAAAAUACGUAAAAUAAGUUUCAAACGGAAACGAUUCUUAAUCAAACUACACCCCGAGGGAUACGGAUAUUACAAGGAUACGGUGGAGUUUUUCUUCGAGGGGAGAAACGAGUGCAAAAAUUUUUGGAAAAAAUGCGUGGAGAAUCACGGUUUCUUCAGGUGUUCUGUUGUUAAACGAGUCAUUAGGCAGAAAACCAGGGUUCUCAGUCGAGGCUCAUCCUUCAGGUACAGCGGAAAAACGCAAAAGCAGAUAGUCGAGUUCGUUCGUGACAACUACGUGAAACGUCAAACAUUUCAAAGGUCCAAUUCGUUCCGGCAGACUAGCGGUGGUAGGGCAUUGCAGGGCUCGGAGGGGGGAGGUUAUCGUGGCGCCACCCCAAGCAGCUCGCUUAUGGGCAGCUCCAGCAUCUCUGCCCACCCCCUCCUGCCUCUUGGCGACCCUGCACUGGGAACCCCGGCACUGUCUCUGUCAUGCGGUUCGAUGACACUGGAUUCUCCGACGACUGUGACGAGUGUCUCGAUGGGCGGGACGAGUCACCGUCGAGACGACACAGCUAUGUCUUAUCGGACGCUCACCUCUAUAGACGUCCAUUCACCAGCUACCCCCAAUCAGGCACAAUCACAUCGUCAUACUAUGGGUGCACAUCAGCAGCAACAACGGAUAACAUCGUCAACAGAUGGUGAUGAAGUCGACAAGAAUCACGAAAAUACGUCGAAAGCAGAGAACAACAAUUCGUUCUAUGUCAACGGAAAAGCAGAGAAGGGUCAAAAUGGAAUUGGGGAGAUAAACGUCAAUGUCAACGUGAUAAAUACACCGGAUUUGAGUCCAGAAAAACAUCUGAAAAAUGGAGAGGUGGAGGACUCGGAAAUAAGAAAGACCAAACGAUGGCCAACUGAUAAAGCUUAUUACAUUGCCAAAGAGCUUCUCAUGACGGAGAGAACGUAUAAGAAGGAUUUGGAUGUUAUAAAUAUUUGGUUUCGUGAAGAAGUAUCGAGAGAAUCAGAUCUUGAGGGUGAGCCAGCGGUGGGGCUGAUAGAAUUACUCGCUGAUGCCCAUGGACCAUGCCUCCAAGAGAUGGAGGCACGUCUAGCACGCUGGGAGAGUAAUGCACGUCACAAUAUCGGUGAUUUUCUCUACAAUACACUUCUCAACGUUCUACCACUUUACGAUCAAUACUUGGAGAAUUUAAUACCGGUACUCGAGAAGAUGGAGUAUUCAAUGCGUACAUCACGUAGAUUCGAUCAAUUGUGUCGUGAUUUCGAGUCGCAGAAGUACUGCUAUUUACCACUGACAUCAUUCCUGCUGAAACCACUUCAACGAUUGUUGCAUUAUAACAGUAUUAUUGAUAGACUAUUGGACCAUUAUCCGAAGGACCACACGGAUUUCGAGGACUGUUUAGCAGCAAGGGAUAGACUUGGAGAAACACUUCUUGAAGGUCUUACUGUAUUGAAUCAGGCGGAGAAUCUUGUCCAACUCUGUGAAUUGCAGAGAGAUAUCAGUGGCUUUGAUAAUUUAGUGCAAGAGGGACGAAGGUUCAUCAGGCAAGGAUGUUUACAGAAAUACAGUCACAAGGGAUUUCAACAAAGGAUGUUCUUCUUGUUCUCAGAUAUAUUACUCUAUACAUUCCGAACUCAACAACCCACUCAAUGUUUCCGUGUCCACGGCCAACUUCCCCUUAAGGGAGUAACGAUACAGGAUGGUGACAACAAGACGGGAACGGACUUUGUGUUCGUGAUCCAUGGUCAAGGGAACCAAUCUUUGACAGUGGCUGCUAGCAGCGAGGAGGAGAAGGAACGAUGGUUGGAGGAUCUCAGUAUGGCUAUUGCUCAAAUGGAGAACGAGGGGAAGACACCGUAUUUGACUGUGAAAUCAUGCAUUUUAGGUUCUGUCGAUGAACUUGGUGGUGCUAUCGACUUGGACCGUACCAGUUGUGGUGGUGCAAAGGAUUCCCAGAGGAGUAAUACAACUGUCCACGUAUGUUGGCACAGGAAUACAAGCAUUAGCUACAGUGAUCAACUGCGAGCUUUCCAAAAUCAGCUGAGUGGUUUUCUACUCCGUAAAUUCAAAAACAGCAAUGGCUGGCAAAAACUGUGGGUUGUGUUUACAAAUUUCUGCCUGUUUUUCUACAAAUCACAUCAGGAUGAUUUUCCACUCGCCAGUCUACCAUUACUUGGUUAUGCUGUAUCAACGCCGACUGAGAAAGACGGAAUCAACAAGGAUUUCGUUUUCAAAUUACAAUUCAAGAAUCAUGUCUAUUUCUUCAGGGCCGAGAGUGACUUUACAUUUGGCAGAUGGAUGGAAGUAAUAAGGAGUGCCACGCAGCAGAGUCACAUUCCCGUUAAUUUUAAUCGAAAAGAGAAUUAUUAAUGUAAUAGCUUGCGUAUGUUUGCACUUAUCAAUCAUGAGGUCAGCUAGUGUGCGCAUAACGUAGCCUAUCAUCCGUCGAAAAGUAUUUCCGUAUUUUGUGUUCAUUUAUCAACUAAUGCGCGAAUUUUGGAAUUUAUAGCGUUUUUCUUGCACCACUUACUGCAUCAGUAAGCCCGUGGCGUUUUUUAGCAACCGAAAUAGCUAUGUUCAUUACACUGUCCGAAUGACACUUCGUGUUCGUCAAACGCUGUUUAUGGACAUUGUGAAGAAAAAUCAUGUUCGUCACUCGGAUGAAAACAACUUUUCCGACUCAUGUGAUUGCAUUCCUCGAAUUCGCCUCGGUCUGCAGCCCUCACUCUCGUCAAAAAAGUUUUUUUCGGCCUUGUUACGAAAAUAACUAUUUCGGCCGAAUGACGAAAUAUGCUAGUGUAGUAUUUCUUGAUUUUUUGUCCCCUCGAUAAAACAAAUGACAAUGCCAUUGUCCGUUGUCUCUUACUUUACCGAGUGAAUAAAAAAUUGAGAAACACUACAAAAAAUUUGUCCGUCCUGCUCUUCACUUUUCCUCGUCCGGGAAU